UUCUUGAUGAAUUUGUUGACCAAGUAAUAGAUAUUGAUGAUCGUGUUGUACCAAAUCGACUUGAACAAACAUGGGCUUUAAGCGAACAAAUAUAUAACGCAUUUCAAAAUCCAGAUCCCAACAGUCAUUCUCUUUUUGAUUACACAACCCAAAAUACUACGAAAGGAUUCUUCAAUAUGGAAACUUGUUAUCAACAUGGAAUAGAACGUAUGCAAAACCUUCUUGCAGAAGAAGUUUACUUAACUAAAAAAAAAAAAUCAAAGGGAAGAGCAAUUAAAAACUUGGUUAAGGAUACU